AUGAUUGAUCAUCCACCUCCUUCACCUACUUUUUCUACAACAUCGAAAAUGUCAUCCAUGUCAUGGAUUGUUGACAAAGCGCCACAUGAAUUGAUCCCAAUGUUGAAAAAUGCUUAUUAUUCUCUCAAGGAAAAAGAAAAAGAUUUGACACUUGCAGCUGAAAUUGGAAAACAGUUACUCACAACAAAUGUACAAUUGGAACAAAAUUAUCAACAACUCUUACAAUCAGUACAACAACAACAACAACAACAAGAAGAAGAAGGAGAAUUAAUCGAUGAUGAUGAACGUCCUGAUUUACAAUAUGCUCCUUCUAUGAAUGCAAGACAAGUGAUCAUUGAAGUAUUGGAACAAAAAAAUACUGAACUCAACGAACGAUUACAGCAACUAACUCAAGAACACGCCAAAAUGAAAACUCAUAGUAGUAAACGUACUAAAGAAUUGGAAUCUGAAAUGAUGGCUCUAAAGAACGAUUUGGAAAUGGCAACCAAUAAAAUUCAGGAGCUGGAACUGAUGAAUCAAGAACAAAAGAGAAGACGAAACGAAAGUAACAAUGACAAGAAAAAACACAACGAGGAUGUGGACAAACUCUUGGAUGAUGUACGUCGAUUGGAAGCAGAACAACGAGCAGCAUUAGAAGCAAAACGUAAUAUGGAAUCGAAACUUGCCACUGCAUUGAAAGAUUUACAUCAACUCAAACAACAACUGAAUACAUUCGAAUUUACCGAAGAAGGGUACAAAUCUCUACAACAAACCUAUGAUCAACAAUUCCAACAUAUCUCUGAACUCAAUCAAUCUUUAGAAGAUCACCGUGCUGUAUUUCAAAAACUAAGAGAUCGAGGCAUCAAUAUUCAUUCUUCAUCAUCUACAUCUUGUCCAAGUAUACAUCACAAUGAAGACGACAAUAUGAUACGACAUUCUCUUUUGGAUGAACUAGGUUCGGAAUGGAACAAAAAUCAAACCUAUCCAGUGUCAACUAAACAAUGUACGGUGGAUCAUCCAAAUGGAACCACUUCUUUGCUAUCAUCAUUAUCAUCCAUGGCAUCAUCAGCAUCCUCUUCAAUUCCAUUUUUUGACAAACAAUCAUUUUUGGAAAUGGAUCCCUUUGAAACGAUUCUUACUAAAGCAACUGGAUUGGAUAAUAGAUUGAUUGACGAUGCACUUGGUAUGAUUUAUCAAUUGGAACAACAAAUUGAACAACAACAACAAUUAUAUAUUGGACACGAUAUACCAGCUUCAAUUUCAGCUGUUGGUCAAUAUAAUGGAUGGAAUAGUCAUCCUUUUUUUAACACCACUGAUGAUGGACAUGACAAACUUAAUGAUGAUGAUGAUCAGCUGCAUCAAGCCUUGGUAGAAUACACUUUUCCUAGUCAAGAUUUAUAUCCCAAUUUGGUUCAAUCAUCCAUGUUAAUUACAAGGUAUGAUCCUUCUGCAACACGUCCAGGUAUGAUUCGUCAAUGGAUCUUGAAGGCUUUUCAAAGACUUUGGCGUUGGUUCCGAUUUGCUUUUGUGUUAUCUACUGCUAUCAUGAUUAGUCUAUGGUCUGGUCCCCAAGACAUGCAACUUUUGGAUUAA